AUGUCUUUCCUAAACACUCUUCGACAGUGGGAUCAGGCUGUGGCGUGUGUUGACCAAGGGGAUGUUGAGACUGCCCUGAGGACAUUUCUAGACAUCAACGAGAAGAACUCCAAAAUCUCCUUUAACAUUGGCUGCCUUCAGCUGGCUAACAACAAUUUUGAGGCUGCUGAGAAGGCUUUUGACUGCAGUAUUGGCAAGGAUGAACAUUUAGCUGUUGCUUUUUUCCAAAGAGGAAUUACAUUUUUAAAAAAGGAAAAUUUUGAAGAAGCUCUUGCAGACUUCAAUAAUUCCUUCAGAGAGUUAAGAGGAAAUAAUCUGAUUGAUUAUAAACUCCUUGGCCUAAGAUAUAAACUCUAUGCCUCUGAGGUCCUACACAACAUGGCUUUAGCCCAAGCUCACCAAGGGGAAUGGGACAAAGCCCAAGAAAGUCUCCUCAAAGCAUUGGCCCUGAAGCCCAAGUUCAGACAUGUGGACCUUGCCCUGGAAGCCAUUCUGAAACAGAAGCUCUUUGAUCUAGUUGAAAUACGACAGGGUCUGCUGUUCCACCCCAAUAAACACUAUGUGGCCGAACUACAGGAGAAAGACUACCUGGGGAAGGCCAAGGUUGUGGCCUCAGUCGUUCACAAAGAUGAAUUCUCUGGCUUUGCUGCUCUGCAACCACAGGCUGAAGACGUCCCAGCCACUCCGAAAGCCCCGGAGAUCCUAAGAGCCCUGAAAGGAGAGCCUCACACAGUCCUGUACGAGUUCUCCCCCGAGACCAGUGACGAGCUGGCAGUGUUGCCAGGCAACGUCGUCUUUGUCUUGCAGAAGGGAGAUGACAACUGGGCCUCUGUCAUCUUUAAUGAGAGGAGGGGACUUGUUCCUUAUAAUUACCUUGAGCCCUUGGACCUUUCAUCUAAGCAGGGACAGAAUGGAGGAAAUGAGAUCCCAGCUCCACCAUUCAAAGAGCCCCCGAUCAGGCCUGUGAGACAUUCAGCACUGUCUGACUGCCCUGAUGAUGUAUAUGUAAAUGAGGCUGAGUGGUCACAGGAACUCCUUGGGUGCAUUGUAAAGGUCCACUUCCUGUACACUGUGGUGAUCAGAGCAAUGCCUGGAAUUCCCUAUGAGGCCAUGCUGCAGAAAAUCAGCAACAAGUUCAACCUGCCCGCCUCCGCACUUUCUCUCAGCUAUGUGAGAUCUGGUGAAAGAGUGACCAUUGGGGAGUCAGAGAUGACGAUGGUGUGGCACUGCAUGCGCAGUGGCCGUCUGACAUUGUGGUGUGCCCAGUCUGAGGACCCAAAGGUGGAGCCACCCAAACAGCAGGCUCUGGCUCUGUACUCUUACGAGGCCUCCAGUCCAGAGGAUCUCGAGUUCUCCCAAGGCGAUCUCAUCACAAUCCUCUCCAAAGUUAACACAGACUGGCUGGAAGGACAGUGUAAAGGAAAGAUUGGCAUCUUCCCUGCAUCUUUUGUACAAAGUCUUCACACAGAUUAACAUUGGUGCUUUAAUCUUUUGGAUGUCUGAACAGUCAUCAUUCAUCCUAUUGAUCCCUCUUUAGUAAUUUGUGAUUUAAAGCGAUUUAAAGCCACCUCUACAUAAAAUAGACUUCAUUACUCUUGUUUGUAAUUUUCAUCUGGUUACAAACCUUGUUUCUUUAUCAAUUCAGUAUUUGUCCUUUUUAUUAUUUGAAGGCGGCCUACAUAUUCAGUUUUGAAGCAAUUAUUUAUUGUUUUACUAACAUUUUCGAAAGACGCAUAUCAGUGCAGUGUAAACAUAUGACCGUUUUUUUAAAAUAUAUUGUUAAAUAAUGAUUACUGAUGAAUAUUUCAUAUAUAUCUGUCAAUUAAUAAAUGUUUUAAUUUAU